AUGAAUGAAACUUGUGACACACGCUUGGCCCUGUUUUUUGCAUAUCGAAUUGCUUGUAUCCUGGUAGGAGAUCAGUAUCCGUCUCCGCUGAGCGUCAUCUUGCGCAGGUUGAUAUGGUUUCGGCUAAGACAAGCGCAACGUAAGCGGACGGAGUCAUACUUUGCACGCGGUGAGACGGUCACUCCGUGUGAGAAAAUAACUCGCAUGCGUGGAUGGACAGGUAGUGGUGAUGCUCCUAGGGGCUAA